AGAAAGAGAGAUGGGCGUUCAAGCCAAUGUAAGGGACUGUCCUUAUGUGACAAAAGAUAGGUCUCCUUGGGCAAGCAUCUUAAUAUAAUGCAAACUUAUCUCUUCAUCUACUGACCUCCAAUUGCUUAAAUCAAACCUUGGUGAUAUACUAGAUGCUAGGGUUUUUUGUCUCCUCCUCCUCCUCCUCUUCCUCCCCCAAAACUCAUCCUCUUUGUAUUUAACUCCCCAAUUCCAGCUUCCUAGCUCAUUCCAUGUCCUACCUUUCACAUGUCUCUAUGAAAUGCCACUAAUACAAUGGCUGCAGAUCUCAUCCUAUUCUCCAUAACCCAUCUCCAAAAUCUCUCUCAAACCACCCAAGAACAAGCACAAAAAAACCCUAGCUUCCCUGCAGGCUCUUGGAUGUGGAACCCUACCCAGCAAUCUCACGAUGAAGAUGAUGAUGAUUCAUGGGAGGUACGCGCCUUUGCUGAAGAUGCUUCAAAUAUUAUGGGUAGUACAUGGCCCCCUCGCUCCUAUACUUGUACCUUCUGUAGAAGGGAAUUCCGGUCUGCUCAGGCACUCGGCGGUCAUAUGAAUGUCCAUCGCCGGGACCGUGCUAGGCUUCGACAAUUGCCGACAUUGCUGCAUCCUACUACUUCAGCCGCCGUCGCCGCCGCUGAUCCAUCUUCUUCUUGUUGCACUUCAUCUUCCUCAACUCUCAUAAUUCCAACACCAGAAUUUCCCACCAAUUGUGGUUAUUGUCUUUUUUAUCACUUACCAAACCCUACCAAUGUUUUCACAACUCCAAUGGUGGAAUCACCCUCUUCAUCAAGUCUUACUUAUCUGAGGAGGAGCAGUAUUAAUGUCUCAUCUUGUCCCUCUUCAUCCAUUAAUUUCCCAGUAUCAAGAGGCAUCCAUACUUCUCCAUGUCACCCUCCCACAAAUGAAGAUUCAGUAGUGCCCAUCGAUGAUGGCGGAAACAAGGAUUUGGGAGUUGAAGAGUUGGAUCUAGAACUUCGAUUGGGACAAAAGCCAUCACAGUAACAGAAAAUUGUUAGUGAUGAUUGGUCUAUGCUUAGUUAUUGUUUGAGGAACUAAGAGUGCCAUCAAUGUUUAAGAUACACUCACUUAAGCUCCAAAUUGAUGAUUCUGUCAACAUAUAAUCCAUGUUUAAUGGUUUCAGAAGUUCUAGAAGAAGAAGAAGAGCAAAGAUUAUAUAAUUUGAAAGAAGAUGAAGAGUGUUAAAAGUAAUUAAGGAAGGAGAUUAUCAUUAUUAGGGUUGCAGUGAUGGAUUGGAAGAGAUAGCUAUAGUAGCAGUGCAGUGCAGUGUCAUUUUCCCUUACUUAUUUUCUUUGGUGUGUCUGUCGGGUCUGCCUUUUCCGUGGGGUUAUAGCUAUCUCAAUCACACAAGCUACUGGAUCUCUUUGUUCCCGUUGUUCAUACAAACUACCGAAAUGCCACUGCCAGUCUUCAUCGGUUACUUUCAGGACAUUAAAGCACCUCGAGGUGAAUCCAUUACACUCAGAUUCUAUAUGCUUUUUGGAUUGAAUGAUAGUUCUACUUCUACAUAGAAAGUUAUUUCUUAAUAAUUUUUCACACUAUGGGCAGGUGGAAUAAGAGAGAGAGAGAGAGAGAGAGAGAGAGAAGCCUUCAUGUUCAGGUGCUAAUGUUAAAGAUUUUUAUGAGAUCCCUGUCUCCCUGACUUAAAUGUUACCUAUGAAAUGUCAUUUCCAUUGCAUGAAUGUGAACUUCAAGUAUUACAGAGGUUA